AGUGCACUGUUUGUUCGCAGAACUUCCGAGGAGCAGAAUAAUCAUUUUUUCGAUCACUAAACCGAUUUCUGCUGGUACAUAACAAAGGACUAAGCCACAUUGUGCGUCGUAAAUAGCCUUAUUUGCCCCCAGUCGAACUAAAUACGGUGAAAUCAGUGUUCCAAAGUUGAUAGUGGGCGAAAUAGAAGACUGUUUUUUUCUGUGAGUUGUGCAACGUAAUUAAGGCUGACACCUAAGUGAUAUACGGAAAACAGUCCGGAGCAGCAGCGACUGAAACAGACGGCAAGGUUUUGUGUUUGCAACACACCCCAGAAGUAGUACCAAAAACAGUAGUAAAUAUGUCCUACGCGUAUUUGUUCAAAUAUAUCAUCAUAGGUGAUACAGGUGUGGGCAAAUCAUGCCUUUUGCUUCAAUUCACCGAUAAGCGCUUCCAACCCGUACAUGACCUGACGAUCGGUGUUGAAUUUGGUGCACGAAUGAUCACGAUCGACGGCAAACAGAUAAAGCUUCAAAUUUGGGACACUGCUGGACAGGAAGCGUUCCGUUCGAUAACCCGGUCAUACUACCGUGGCGCAGCCGGAGCUUUACUGGUCUACGACAUCACACGGCGCGAGACGUUUAACCAUCUGACAACUUGGCUGGAGGAUGCACGACAGCACUCGAAUUCUAACAUGGUGAUUAUGCUGAUUGGAAAUAAAAGCGAUUUGGAUUCCCGUCGCGAGGUUAAGAAGGAAGAAGGUGAGGCAUUUGCCCGUGAACACGGCCUCGUAUUCAUGGAGACUUCAGCUCGCACAGCGGCAAACGUAGAGGAAGCUUUUAUUAACACUGCUAAAGAAAUUUACGAAAAAAUUCAGGAGGGUGUAUUCGACAUUAAUAACGAGGCUAACGGAAUCAAAAUUGGUCAGCAACACUCACCAACCAACCCAUCUCUAGGUAGUGGAAAUAAUCCUGGUGGCCAAUCGAAUAGCGGAUGCUGUUAAAAUGAUUUUGUCUGAUGAUAAAAUCCAAGCCUCCCAAUACAUAUAUUGCUGCAUCGUUCUGCUCCGCUCCUAAUUCGGUUUUUGCGUACGAACAAUUCAGAUCAUAUACCCAAAAUGGAACAAAUGUGAAUGCACGAACUGCACCCGAAAGCCGAAUCCUAGGGUUGGCAAAGCAGACCUAAUAUAUAAUUAUGAGUCAAAUUUAUGUCUGCAUGCGGGACGUGAAUUGUGAAUGUUGUAAAAUAAAACAUAUUUUUUAUUAAUUUUAGUAAUCUAUACGCUAAUCUAAUAGAAGUAAAAGACCAGGCAAAUUUAAAGAUGAUUAUCGUUGUUUCGUUGAUCGGACCGAAAACAAUAAGCUAAUCAUAAGAUGAGUACGAGUAAAACAAUAUCGAUGAUACUACUAACUCUCUUGGAUCAAAUAUUUCUCGAACAGGAAAAAGCAGCAAAUACAAACUGAAAACAUACAUCUCAUAGCAGAAACCUACUGAAAUAUCUAAAGAAUUCAUCAAUUUAUAGAAGCAAACAUCAUGCAGGACCUAUUUUCUAAAAAAAAAUCAAGUUUUUAGUAGAGUGAUGAGAUGAGUUUACUAGUUUGAUUGCUUAAUUCAAUUAAAUCCUCAACAGAACAACAAGCGUUUUCCAACUAACCAUUGGAAAAAGUCUUCUGAAUAAAACCGUCAUCAAAUAAUCUAAUCUAUCAAUGUUUGUAUGGCAGUCCUGUCUGCCAUAUCCGUUUUUAAUGGUACGUUUCUGGUGUACGAAAGCAGCUCAUGGUGUUUAUUAGGUGUACGAACGAUGAAGCAAAAUUCUUCUAUUAUAACAGGUUUUAGUUUUAUUUUGGAGCAUUUCCGAACCUACACAAAUAAUAAUUAAAAAAUAAUUGAAAAGGGAAAAUAAAUUAGAGACAACAUAGUAAAGCGAUCGGUAAAUUAACCGUAUUCGUGUUACAAUUCAAUUUCAGUUGUGAUCAAUUUACAUUUAAAACAAAUUCCUAACUAAUAAAUAA